UUGCAAACUGUGUCAUUUAUCGACGCCGUUGGCAAUCCUGUACCGAUUCCAUUCAUCUUAUGUCGCACUUACCAGUUGUUCACCGAUGUGAUUCAAGGCUAUUACAGGAGCCAGCCAGGAGCCGACUUGGUGAAAUCUGGAAAAUAUCAUUUGGUCUACGGUCCCGAACAGAAUAUCCUGAAGCCAGUCCUAUGGUCAUCCAUUCUUUCAUUGGGAAUCACGAUUGAGAUGAGCAUGGUAAAGGAUCAAGAGGCCCCUAAAUUCAAAAUAAAGUAUCGGAUUAUAUUUAAUAAUUCUACAAGUAUACUAUGCGAAGAACGCUUUAGAUGGAAACGAACGUCAACACGCCUAGACGUAGUAGGUGAUGCCCCCGCGAGCGAAGAUGAAUCGGGCGAUUCCAUUCCACCAAUUAUUCUCCGUCGGAUUAAACGGGCAUUACUAUUGGAGUUCUCUUGGACCAAGCCGGAACAAGUUUCAGAAGUCUUGGAAGAAGAAUUGCCCUCGUGGCCAGAGGACCACAACCACAUAUCCACAAAUUGGAAUUGGCUCGCGAGAAAGAGAACGGCCGAGGCUGGGAAGACGGGCUCGGUGGUCAAUGAUCCGUCCGCAUUACAGAGAGAUUACCCUCGGGAAAGACGCGAGCGAGGCUGGGCCGGUGGUUGGAACUUGGAGGAGGAGGAUCAGGAUGGAUGUGGCGCACAUGCCCAGUGCAGUGUAGAUGGGAACUCGUCAGAACGAGAAGAGGGCUCGUGUCCACCUCCUGAGGAGGAUACGAAGUUUCUUCACGGUAAACGCGUUCUAGAGGCUGGUAUAUAUGCUAGUUUUUGGAGGAGUUGGCAGAUGGGAGGCGACGAGGACCACCUCGUGCUUGCGGCGAGCUGGGGUAGUGGCGUACCUGAGUGCUGGGAUAAUCGUCGAUAUCUUGAGGUGUACGACGUUUUUGAAGCGCUUCCGAUAGAUCCUGUCAGAAAUGAGAAUGGGGAACGAUCGAGAGGAGGGGGUAGGCUGAUCAGUGGUCCCCACAAGCUAUGCCACAUAUUAGGCAAUGCCAGUGAGGAUUUACGCACAAAAAGGAUCUUUGAGGCUGGGUUUUCCUUCGUUUCGCAGCUGGGUUUUCUCGAGGAGGUUCAGGAUACCACCUCACUUUGA